AUGGCUAAUCAAAGGAGUAAUGAAGCAGCCAUAAAGAAUCUAGAAAAUCAAGUGGGUCAACUUGCAAAGCAAUUGUCCGAGCAACAAACGGGGGCAUCCUUCUCCGCCAACACCCAAACCAAUCCAAAGGAACAUUGCAAAGCCAUUGUUACAAUAAGUGGGAGGAAGGUGAAUAACGGCGUGAAUGAAGAGGUUAUAGUGGAAGAUGAGGAGGAAUUAAUAGUUGAAGAGGAGGAAAUGACAAUUGAAAAUGAGGUAGAAAAGAGUGAGGAGAAGAUAGAGGAAGAAUUAGUUGAAAAAGAGCAGAAAGAAAAAGAAGAAAGAGAGAAAAAUGACAAAAAAGUGAAGAGGAAUAAAAAGAGAAAUGAGAAUAUGCUCACAAAGAAAAAGAAGUACACGGAUGAAGAGACGGUUGUGCUUGAUGCUCAUUGUAGUGCAAUUAUUCAAAAAACUCCCCCAAGAAAGGAAGCUGAUCCUGGACGAGUCAUUUUACCGAUCACCAUUGGAGUUAACUACAUUAGUAAUGCUUUGGUUGAUUUGGGGUCUAGCAUCAAUUUAAUACCUUUAUCCGUUGUCAAGAGAUUGGGGAACAUUGAGAUGAAACACACCAUGAUAACUUUGCAACUAGCCGAUAAGUCUAUCAUUUCACCAUAUGGAGUUGUACAAGACAUGCUGGUAAAGGUGGAUAAAUUUUUGUUCCCGGUUGAUUUUGUGGUAGUCGACAUGGAGGAGGAUCGUGAUGUGCCAUUAAUACUUGGAAGACCAUUCAUGAAGACCACCCGAAUGAUGAUUGAUAUUAAUGAUGGGAUUAUGAAAGUGAGGGUGCAAGAUAAAGAGGUAAUUUUUACUCUUUUUGAGUCUAUGAAGCCUCCUAAGGAUGAACAUGACAACUUCCGAAUCGAUGAUGAAAAAGGAGAAAUCAUUGAGGUGGAGAAUCAAUUUCACAAGGACAAGGACAAGGUAAAUCAUGAGGGGAAGACUCAUCACAAAAACUUUAAAGUUGGACAAAUGGUGCUUGUGUGCAAUUCAAGACUCAAGGUGUUUCCUAGCAAGUUAAAGUCAAAGUGGUCGGGGCCAUUUGUUGUGAAAGAGGUGCGAAACUAUGGAUCCAUUGUGGUGGAGGACCCUAAAACACAAGAAAGCUGGAUUGUAAAGGAACGAAGACUCAAAGUCUACCACGAUGAAUAA